AUGCAAAACAUCUGGUUAGAGGGUACCGACUGGGAUGAGAAAGUAUCUCGAACAACAUUAGACAGAUGGCAGACUUUCACGAAAAACUACAACGAAAUCAACAACAUACGUAUUCCUCGAUGGGUAGAAUUCUCGCCAACGGAGAAAAUCGAAAUUCAUGGAUUUUGUGAUUCGUCCGAAAAGGCAUACGCGGCUGCAGUCUACUUGCGCGUGGAACGAGAAAAAUGCAUAUUUGUCAAUUUGCUGUUUGCAAAAACUAGAGUUGCACCAGUAAAAACAAUUUCCCUACCUCGAUUAGAACUUUGCGGGGCUGUAUUUCUGGCAGAAACCAUCGAAUCAGUCAUCAAUAAUCUCGACUUAGGCCACUUGCAGAUACACCCAUGUUCGUGGUCUACAUUCGUAGCCCACCGUAUUACCAAGAAAAUCGACAAAGUGGGAAACUUGAAUUGGCGCCACGUGGACUCAGCUACAAAUCUCGCUGAUUUGGCAAGCCGAGGCAUACUGGCGCAAGAAUUGAUCAACAAUGCGUUGUGGUGGCAAGGACCUUCUUGGCUGCAAGAAGAUAAAGAAAAAUGGCCAACACAAGAAACAGACUUUACCACAAACAUUGAAGAGAAAUCUGGAGGACCGAUCGAUGCGAAAAGCGAAAUAUUGCCCUUAAAUCCUUUCAUCGACAAGAACGGUGUUUUGAGAACAGGCGGUCGUCUUGGCGCAUCUCUCGAUCUGGCAUACAACGAACGUUACCCAAUCAUCCUUCCUUAUAAUUGCAGGUUAUCACGUCUGACUGUCCAAUUCGUCCAAGAUGUCUCACUCCACGGUGAAAACCAACUAAUGCUGCGUCUCAUCCGAACGCAGUAUUGGAUUCCGAAGGUCAAAACUAUGAUAAGGUCCAUCAUCUACAAUUGCAAGAUCUGCACGAUAUUUAAGAAACGCUCACAAAAUCAGCUAAUGGCGAUACUACCACAAGAACGAACAACCUAA